GCGUAUGUGCACAAAUAUUGUAGGGCAGUCCCGAUUGGCUUAUUGGUCACUAAAUGACGAGUGUUGUUGGAAUCUUCAAGAUUCAGACGUUUACUUGUUGGAGCUGCCUGCGUCAGACAGCACAGAUACACCAUGCAGGCUCAGGAGUUCCUGAGACAUUUCCGGAUGCCAGAUCUAGAAGAGUUCCGGCAGUAUGUGCGGAGCCUGCCCACCAACACACUCCUGGGCAUGGGAGCCUUGGCUGCCUUCAGCACCUACUUGUACGCCUCUCGACCCAAAGCCCUCAAACCGCCCUGUGACCUGCACAUGCAGUCGGUAGAGGUCCAGGGUGGAGAGUUUGCAAGGAGGUCUGUGCUGAAUGACGAUGACAAGCACAUGACCCAUUACUACAGUGACGCGCAGACUAUGUAUGAAGUCUUCCUUCGAGGGAUGAGGGUGUCAAAUGAUGGACCCUGUCUAGGAUCAAGAAAACCUAACCAGCCAUAUGAGUGGCUGUCAUAUCGUGUGGUGGCUGACAGAGCGGAGCAUAUUGGCUCUGCUCUCCUCCACAAAGGUCACUCUCAAGAUGGAGACAAGUACAUUGGGAUUUUUGCUCAGAACAGACCAGAGUGGACCAUUUCAGAGCUGGCGUGCUACACAUACUCGCUGGUGGCUGUUCCUCUGUAUGACACACUGGGCACAGAAGCCAUUGAAUACAUCAUUGAUAGAGCCACCAUCUCCACGGUGAUCUGUGACAUGCCGGACAAGGCGAAGCUGAUCCUGGAGUGUGUGAGUGGGAAGGAGCACACAGUGAAGACUGUCAUCCUCAUGGAAGCCUUCGACCCAGACCUGGUGAUCCAAGGACAGAAGUCAGGCAUCAGCAUCUUGAGCCUGGCAGAGUUUGAGGUCAUUGGCAAGGAGAAUCACCAGAAACCAAUACCUCCUAAACCAGAAGACCUGGGACUGAUCUGCUAUACCAGCGGAACUACAGGAAACCCAAAGGGAGCCAUGCUGACCCAUCGCAACGUCAUCUCCAACUGUGCUGCUUUUAUUAGGAUAACAGAGGGCAUACUUGAACCCAGCACCAACGAUGUCCUUAUUUCUUUCCUGCCUUUGGCCCAUAUGUUUGAGAGGGUUGUGGAGGGUGUGGUCCUCAUCCAUGGGGGUAGGAUUGGGUACUUUCAGGGUGAUAUUCGUCUCUUGAUGGAUGACCUGAAGACACUGCAGCCCACUGUCUUCCCAGUGGUCCCACGUCUGCUGAACCGCAUGUUUGACAAGGUCUUUGGGCAGGCUAACACAUCGCUUAAGAGGUGGCUCUUAGACUUUGCCACCCGGAGGAAGGAGGCAGACAUGAGGAACGGUGUGGUUCGAACAGAUAGCCUGUGGGACAAACUCAUCUUCAAAAAAGUCCAGGCCAGUCUGGGAGGGCGUGUCCGUCUCAUGAUCACAGGAGCAGCUCCCGUCUCUCCUACCGUCCUCACGUUCCUCAGGGCUGCUCUGGGUUGCCAGUUUUACGAAGGCUACGGCCAGACUGAGUGCACAGCCGGGUGUUCUAUGUCGAUGCCCGGGGACUGGACGGCAGGUCACGUUGGGCCCCCACUGCCCUGUAAUAGUAUCAAGCUGGUGGAUGUGACCGAAAUGAACUACUUGGCAGUCAAUGGAGAGGGAGAGGUGUGUGUAAAGGGACCAAAUGUUUUCCUGGGCUACCUGAGAGACCCAGAGAAGACCGUGGAGGCCAUAGAUGAGGAUGGCUGGCUCCACACAGGCGACAUUGGCAAGUGGCUACCGAAUGGUACAUUGAAGAUAGUCGACAGAAAGAAGCACAUCUUUAAACUGGCCCAAGGGGAGUACAUUGCUCCAGAGAAAAUUGAAAACAUCUACACACGCAGUGACCCAGUGGCUCAAAUAUAUGUCCACGGUGAUAGCCUUCAGGCAUGCUUAGUGGCCAUAGUUGUGCCAGAUCCUGACUUCUUACCAGGGUGGGCAAAGAGGAAAGGCAUUGAAGGAUCUUUUGAUGAACUCUGCAAGAGCAAGGACAUAAAGAAUGCUAUUCUCGAAGAUAUUGUCAGGCUUGGUAAAGAAGCAGGGUUGAAGUCUUUUGAACAGGUGAGGGAUAUUGUGUUGCACACAGAAAUGUUCUCCGUCCAAAAUGGUCUCCUAACCCCCACCCUUAAGGCCAAGAGGGCCGACAUCCGCAAACACUUCAAGGAGCAGAUUGACACGCUCUACGCCAAGAUUAAAAUGUGAGGCAUCUCUGUACACAGACCCCUAGUCAUGGAAGGUCACAAUUUGGGAGGUCAUAGACAAAGCCAAACAGCGCACACAGAAAGGGAGAGACUUUAAGGGGUUCAUGCUUCAUCUCUCUGCGUCUCUCUAAUCUAUUCAUUUCUAGCGCAGUGGCCCAUUUGUCAUCUUGUUCUCUUGCUCACCCGUACAAAUAUUCUUUGAUCAGGUCACCGCCUUUCUGUGAGACUUUACUAAUCACUCCAAUGAAAGCAAAAAAAUAUACUUUUUUUUUGGUUUGGUGUUAGUCCUCUUGUGGUACAGAUUGUCAACUAUCACAAACAGCCUUUCAAUGUACUGUUUUUGCUAUUUAAGUUGCUAUUUAAUAUACUUUAUAAAUGUAACUGUAAAUAGUUUAUCUGUAGUUCAAGAAAGUGAAGUUAUAUGAAAGACGGGUGGAUCAAGGUUUAUUAUUGUAGAGCUUUUGUUUAUUCUGUAUGUUGUAUUAAAGAGCCACUCCGACAUUUGUCAAACCAUGUAAACACAUUGCCAACAGGAUGUGAUCAUAUUAAACAAAUGUUAGCCUGAUUGGUAAUGGUGUUUAUAUGGUUCAAACAAGUGUUUGUACUCCCUUAAGUGUCCUUGACAAUUUCAGUGGCCUCAAACUGCCAAAUCGCACACAGCAUGUAUGCUACGUGUCAUUUCUACUGCAGUUUCAUAUGGUUAUCCAAUGGCAAGUUGGCUAGGAUCUCAUAAGCCCCGAACUUGUCUGAUAGGCGCAUGCAGAUGAUCCUCUUCAAAGUGUGCCUUUUCAAUUUGGUGCAUUCUGGCAUGUAAUGGUGGCCAAAGAAAAAUAGAUUUGCCUUGACAACUACAAAGCUACUUGGAUUGGCUUUGAAAAACCACGUUUCAACAUUUCUUUAUGUAAAUUGCAAAAUGUGCUUUAAGAAAUCAGGUUACGUGAUUCAUGUAUAGGUCCCCCUGCUCGCUGGGUAGUUGGGAUUCUGUUUGUAGCACAUUUUGUUUCUAAAUAUGUUAUCACAUAUGGCCAACCAGGAACUUCAAUGUUGUUUAUUUAAUCUGUCUCAAGUUAAACAACCACUGUCUUGAUUCACAUCGAUUUGCAAAUUGUCGGUUUGGCCUAGCCACUCUAAUAAUUAAAGAUGGAUGCCCACACUCCUAUCCAUACCCCUAGUAGGGGCAAGUGAUUAUUGACUGGGCAAAAGUUUUUUGUACAGGAGAAAAUAUCUAUCUUUAUACAACUCUAUAGCAUAUAAACACUUGUUUCUCCAA